AUGUUGCGUUGGUAUCAGGCGAGGUUGGCCAAGCAACCUAUCCUCACUGCUAGUGUGACGAGUGCUCUGUUGUUUGGUAGUGGAGAUGUUCUAGCCCAACAAUUAGUCGAUCGUAAGGGAUUUGAUAAGCACGACAUGGCAAGAACGGGGCGCAUGGCUCUUUAUGGUGGAGCGAUCUUCGGACCCGCUGCCACCACCUGGUACGGUGUCCUCCAGCGUCACGUCGUCCUGAACAGCGCCAAAACUACACUCCUUGCCCGUGUCGUCGCGGAUCAAUGUGUCUUUACUCCCGCACACCUGACUUGUUUCCUGUCUUCCAUGGCCAUCAUGGAAGGCACCGAUCCCAUCGAGAAGUGGCGUAAUGGUUUUGUUCCCAGCUUCAAAGCGAACCUUGCAAUCUGGCCUCUCGUUCAAGGAGUCAACUUUGCUAUCGUGCCACUUGAGUACCGUGUGCUUUUUGUCAACCUAGUCGCGUUGGGCUGGAACUGCUUGUUGAGCCUGAUUAACAGCGGUGAGAAGUGA